AUGUCAUCAGAUUCAGGAUCGCAUAAAAAAGAGGAGGCCAAUCGAAUUUAUGUGACAGGAUACUCUGCUAAAGAAUCUGAAAUGGAAAUCAAGAACGCAUUUGCUAGACAUGGCGAAAUUCAAGAGUUUUCUUGGAAAGGGCGAUUUUGUUUCAUCGCUUAUGCCAAGCCUGAGGACGCAUCUGAUGCAGUUAGAUUAAUGAAUAUGCAAGACUUCAACGGGAGAAAUCUAAUUGUCGAGUUGGCACGAGCGAAGAAAAAAGAUGGUGCAUGCUAUUAAUGUGGGAAAUAGGGGCAUUUUGCUCGCAAUUGUCGUUAGAAUCGACGCUCCUACUCUGACUCCAGGUAUAAGAAAUUGUGACAUUAGGCGCCAUUCUAAAAAGAAAAAAAAACAUCCAAAGCAUCGAUCUUCUAGCUCUUCCUCCAGUAGUGAAAAGAAAAAGUCAAAGAAAAAAAGGAGAAAGAGUUCCUCGAGUUCUCAUUCCCGAUCAAGUGAUUGAUAAUCAAAUAUUCAAAUAUAUUAAUAGUAAAUUUAUAAUA